CUACUGGGUGGACGAGGCUCUUAUCCAUAAUUCCAUCAAGAAACCAAUGGAACCAAAAUACUGUAGCUGGUCAUUUGCAGCUUCUGGAAAAUGGUGGUGUUUUUCCCAAGGAUUCUGAAACAAUCGCUACCUUUUCAUAUUCGUAAUAUUGCCAUUUCGUACUUACGUGAAAAAAUUGACAUUCAAAGAAUAUUAAUGUACCUCAGCUCUUCUCAAGAAGCGUCUGCACCUCCAAAAGCAGUCCACCCUAGCCAUUAUCAGACUAAAGUUACUAUUCUCUUAUAACCAAGCAUUGACAUAGAUUGGGGACAAUCUUUUGCACGGACAUUCUGUUCAGCUUUACACAUUGCGUAAUUUUCACUGAGGCAAAUCAAGCAAAAUUAUGCGGGUUAUAAGCUAAGGUCACAUGUGGAUGACCUGGCUUUAAAAUCUUACUCAAUCACCGCUCAACAAACAGGGAGGACCGGCAGUCGGUGUAAAGUCAGCGGAGCAAAAUGCCCAAGUCAGUGACUUCGAAACUGUAUAUUCGUCAAAACACCACCAAACACUUAAUUUUAAAUAGGUACAUGUACAGUAAAACCGUGGUGCUGAUAGUAUCACUAAGGAAGGCAUCGUUUAUCUUGAUUUGGAACAAAUUCCUUUCGAUCCGAGUUUGGGAAGCGAGAAUGACAUCAACGCUCUCUUUAUUUCCCGUUUUAAAGCCAACUGGAUUUCCCUUACGCGUAUGACAGGAUGUGUCAUGCAGUAGAGAUGAAAUUCCGAUUAUCAAGAUGCUUGAUUCUUUCUUCCAUGUCUGCGACGGUUACCCCUUCUCGUAUAUUCAAAGCAGGGAUCCUCAACGUGAAUCAGUUGCAAUUGAUUCACACAAUGAUGAUGAUGAUGGCCAGAGCUUAGAAGUCAGUUCCCCAGAUGCUCCAUUACGUGAUGAUUUACAACCUGGGCAAUUGCACAAACCUGAAGUCUUAGAUGUUGAGUAGAGCUGCGAAAGAGGCUGGUGUCAGUAUUUGAGGCUUUGUUUGCCGGCGGUGAGAAACCUCGGAGGAAUUGAGGUUUAUGGGUUAUUGGACACAGAGUCCUCUUCAGUAAACGUCCAGGAGGAACACUAGGAUGGCGUGCAGGGAAGCAACUCAUGCAGGCUCCUGGUAUUCAGACGAUGCUGAGGAGCUAGUUCAGGAGCUGGACUACUGGUUGCGUUCAUCAGGGCUGCCCAAACUUACUGAUGCCCGUGCUAUUAUAGCUCCGCAUGCUGGCUACUGGUAUUCAGGGCGUUGCGCAGCUUACGCUUUUGCUAAUAUUGAUUCACAACGUGUACAGCGGGUAUUUCUCUUGGGGCCAUCACAUCAUCACUUCACAAGGAAAUGUGCGUUGUCAACAGCCUCUGUUUACAAGACUCCUCUUGGAGACCUUCCAAUUGAUCACGAGGUUUACGAUGAACUCCGAGCCAGCGGCAGGUUUGAGGAUAUGUCCAUGAGCGUUGAUGAGGCCGAGCAUAGCAUGGAGAUGCAUUUACCUUUUCUCGCGAAGGUCUUCCAAGGGACUAAUGUGAAAAUCGUGCCCAUAAUGAUAGGUGCUUGCCCUCCUGAAACUGAGGCGACGUAUGGGCGUUUAUUGGCGAAGUAUAUUGAUGACCCAAACAACUUCUUUUCAAUAUCUUCAGAUUUUUGUCACUGGGGUUCACGGUUUGGUUACCAGUAUUAUGAGAAGAAACGGGGUCCCAUUUACAAGUCGAUUGAAGCCCUGGAUCAGCGUGGCAUGGACAUCAUUGAGUCUGGUGAUCCAGAUGCUUUUCAGGAGUAUCUAAGCGAGUUUAAGAACACAAUCUGUGGACGGCACCCCAUUGGAGUUUUCUUUCAUAUUUUGAGGCACUGUGCCACAAGGAUGCGCAUCAAGUUUUUGCAGUACGAACAAUCAAGUCAAUGUAAAAACAUGCGCGACAGUAGUGUCAGCUAUGCAUCUGCUGUGGUUACUGCUUUGACAUGACAAAAGUAUCCCAAAUCUUUCGGAAGGACCUUGGAGGUUGGGUCUUUCAUUGUUCUAGCUUAUAUGGAGAUCCGGUGUUAGGAACAGAUGACAUGUGGACCAGAAAAUUGCGAACUAACAUUUAGAUAGUGACGUCCGAUGCGACUAAGUGCAAAACUCGACUCCAUUUGGGAUUAGGUCUUCAUUAGUCACAUUUGUCUGAUCCAGUUGUCGUCCCUGUGAACUGACGUCCUGUUUCUCGCAAUUGACUGUCUUCGGGUGCCGGUACCUCCGCUUCUAACACAUUGUUCUCCCUAUUAAGUUUUAAUAUCUUGUCAUUCGUACCGAAAGGAUUGAAGAAGUGGCUCAACACCUGGGAGGCUCUGAAGAUAAGGGAGGCUGUAAUGCAGUGCUCAAGUGGUGCUCCUGCCAUUUUCAUCGUCAAUGGUAUGAGCUACUCUUUUCUCGAGAUACAUGCCAGAUACACUCCUGGAGCACGCAGUGCUGCGAUUGUUGCCAAUCAAAUGCUCUCACAACACAUGUACCGGAAAUCAAGACGUGGGCAUAAUUACCCUCGAGACCGAACAACUCUGUUGCACAUAAACAAUUUGUUAGUACUAUCCGAAAAUUAUGUGUGCCACAAGCUCUUCAGAAGUUAAUUUCUAGUCUUCUGCCGCUUCGAAGUAUUUAUUGGAAGUACAACCAUCUAUAUCUUCACAGAUUGGACAGAUAAGACAAUCUGUGCUUUUGUCUUGGGGGUGUUCCAUGCACACCCAUUUAUUUGGGGUUGAGGGCUUUGAGAUUCUAUCCAACCCCACCUAUGUGGACACCCAAUCCUACUAUGGGUGGCUAGGCUAGGUGGUAUUAUGUUGUUGGAUUUGACAUAGCAACUUUGAAAGCAUCAUUCAGAGGUGCAGUCAACACCACUCAGUGCCAAAGUCUUGUCCAUCAAAAUAUAUGCGUAAAUGUAUUAGAUAUGAUUGCAAUAUUCA